AUGCUUCUUGCGGCUUUGGCUUCGGCCCCUGCUGCCCUUGCACACACCGUCUUCACUGACUUCUUCGUCAAUGGCCAGCCUCAGGGUGACGGCGUUGCCAUGCGUAUGAGCCCCAACUCGGAUACUGCCGGUAGCCCCAUCAAUGGCCUGGGCAGCGAAGACAUGGCCUGCAACGUUGGCGGUACCAAGGGUGUCUCUCGCGUGCAAUCGGUUCCUGACGGCGCACUUCUCUCCUUCGAGAUCCGCUCAUGGGCCGACGACCCCUCUAAGCCCCCGCUAGACCGUGGCCACAAGGGCCCUUGCGCGGUGUACCUGAAAAAGGUCUCCUCCGCCAUCAACGACAAGGCUGCGGGCGACGGCUGGUUCAAGCUCUUCGACCAUGGCUACGACAGCUCCACCCAACGCUGGUGCACAGAUGAAAUCAUUGACAACAAAGGCCUGCUUUCUAUCAACCUACCCAAGGGCCUCGAGGGUGGCUACUACCUCGCUCGUCCUGAGAUUCUAGCUCUUCAUGCUGCCAACAAUGGAGAUCCUCAGUUCUAUACCGGUUGCGCACAAAUCUUCCUUGAGAGCACCGGUAACCUUGUUCCUGAGUCGACUGUAUCCAUCCCCGGACAUGUUCAGAAUAACCAGCCCUCCACCAACUUUGACAUCUACAACACGGACAACGCAAAAUACACCGUUCCCGGACCAGCGGUCGCAAAGCUCACCGCCAAGGGUACGCAAUCUGGAUCCGAUGCUCUGACCUCGCAAACCGAGGGCCAAAAGCCCGACGGCUGCCUCGUCGAAAACGCAAACUGGUGCGGGCAUGAAGUCCCCUCGUACACGGACGAGACCGGCUGUUGGGCCGCUUCCAAAGACUGCUACGCACAGGGCGAGGUGUGCUGGAACACCUCGCCUCCUACAGGUAACGCGGGCUGCAAGAUCUGGCAAACAAAGUGCCAGGGUAUCCAAGCCGAGUGCACGGCCAAGAACUUCAACGGUCCCCCAAACAAGGGCAAGGUACUUACGCCUGAGAAAAGCGUGAGGGAUGUUGGCAAGGUGAUGGCGACGGUGGGUGGUGGCAUUGCGGAUGCGCCCGCGCCCAAGACCAGUGCGACGAACAAGGAGGCGUCCAAGACGGAGACUCCGGCCAAAGCCACGGACGCUCCCACGACCAAGGAGGCUGACAAGGAGGAGUCGAAGCCCCAGACGUCCGCAAAGCCUCGUCCCGCAAAGACUACCCCCGUUGAGGCCGCGGCGCCAAAGCCCACUCCUGUAGACUCGGAUGACAGUGAGUCGGAUUCGGAUGAUGAGCCAGCUACUCCCGCUCCUGCCUCGCCCGCCGCCUCAUCCAUUGUCGCCUCUGACGCGCCCCUCUACACCAUCACCGUCGCACCAUCGUCUGCUGGUGCGCCGGCGCCCACCGAGGCACCUCAGGUGUGCCCCAAGGGCUUCAAGUGCAUUACCGAGACUGUAGUCGUUACGCAGACAGUGUACGUCACUGCUGCCUACGACUCCUACAAGAAGAGGAGUGGAAGCUUCCGUCAGCGAAGGCACCCUCACCGCCAUUAG